UAACAUCGUGCUAAAUAUUUUUUAGAAUUGAAUGCUUUAUUUUCUUUUGAAAAUGGCAUUAGUUGUUAGCUGCUAUUUCUUCCUUUCUUCUCUAUUUUAAUUGUAAAUUUACGUCUUGUCAAUUGAAGUAGUUCAUUUUGAACUGGCUUCUUCGUUUGGGAACUGUUUUGGGGUGAACUAGGAGUUCGACGAACAUUUUCAUUUGCAAUAUUGUUUUUAUCUUAAUCUGCAAAAAUUGAUUCCCCGGGGAGUGAAGAAAUGAGUUCUUCUGAGGAAGUGUCAUGGAUUUCGUGGUUUUGUGGGCUUCGAGGAAAUGAGUUCUUUUGUGAAGUUGAUGAAGAUUAUAUUCAAGAUAAAUUUAACCUCACUGGUUUAAGUGAACAGGUACCACAUUAUCGUCAAGCUCUGGAUAUGAUUCUGGAUUUAGAACCUGAUGAUGAACUGGAAGAUAAUCCCAAUCAAAGUGAUCUGAUAGAACAAGCAGCAGAAAUGUUGUAUGGUUUAAUUCAUGCUAGGUACAUUUUAACGAAUCGAGGAAUUGCACAGAUGAUCGAGAAACAUCAGAAUGGUGAUUUUGGUGCAUGCCCACGAGUUUACUGUGAAAACCAGCCCAUGCUUCCAAUAGGUCUAUCUGAUGUUCCUGGUGAAUCUAUGGUGAAGCUGUAUUGCCCCAAAUGCACCGAUGUUUACAACCCCAAAUCAUCUCGUCACAAUCAGACAGAUGGAGCCUAUUUUGGCACAGGAUUUCCUCACAUGCUUUAUAUGGUUCAUCCUGAUUAUAGACCUAAAAGGCCAACAAAUCAGUUUGUACCAAGGUUAUAUGGAUUUAAAAUUCAUCCUUUGGCAUAUCAACUUCAGCAGCAAGCUAGUGCAAGUUUUAAGGCUCCUGUCCGAGCGAUUCCUUUUAAUAAUAACAAGCGAUGAGUUAUGUGUCUUUGAAAGUUACUUCAACAUGUUAGAAGUUACUUGGAAUACAUUUAGUUUAUGUGAACAAUAAAUUUAACAAAUAUUCAGUUAAAAUGUACUGAGUAUGCAUCAAAGUUCUUUCUCAUGUAAGUUUCUUUUACCUCGAUAUGUGAAUCAUAGUAAAAACUUUUUAUUUA